AUGGGCGGAGCUACCUCGUUUUACAUGAAUCUCAUCUCCAGCAGACGCGAGGUGGAUGUGGUUGACGGACCGGGAUGGCAGGCCGUUUGCAGCCGUGCCAGACGCGUAGCACGGCGGCAGAAGAAAGAGGAAUUGCAUAUUGAUGUCCACGGCGAGGAUUGUCCAAGUUUCGAAGUGGUACACUUGCGCAAGAUGAGCAAAAGGUCAUCAAAGCGAGCGACGAAUGGUUUCGUGUUUCGUGCAGGCGGGAAGAUGACAGUGAUUGGCCAGCGAAGGAUGCAUCAAGCGGGCAACGGGUUCCUGCAGCACGGCCAACAUCACGUAUCCGCAGCUGAAUUGGAGGCAAACGCCGCUCACUCCAACCAAUACCUAUCUGCAAAAUGCCUACAGAUCGCUAUUUUGCAGAUAGCGGCGUAUGACUCCACCAAGCCGCGGAUAGAUGGCGCAUCGCCUCGCACAGAACAGCGGUGCGGUGCGGUGCGGUACAGCCACGGCCGCUGCCAGAUGCCGAGCAGGCCAGCGACAGCGACAAGCAUGGCGGUCGACAGCGGGCGGGCGGGCGGUGGCGGUGAGGCGUGCUGGGUGAGGCAGAGGCACAUGGUAGAUGAAGAGACCAGGAUUGCUCAUGACAUGCAUGCAUCAUGCAUGCAAGGCCCACAAACCCUGAUUCAGAAUCGCAGCGCCGCUAGCGAGCCACGGGAGCCGCCAUUCCCCUUUCCUCUGUCGUGCCUUUCACGUCGCAUGCUGGCCGCUGCGGAGUCUCGAGUCUCGACGUCCCCUUCUGCAUUCCUUUGCACGCAUGGCCCUCACCACCACGACACUCGUUCAAUAGCACCGCCAACACACCACACCCCUCACCGCAGUCAUUCAUUCACGACACUGUACAUAUCGACGACGCUCACUCAACCACGCCCACGCCCACGCCCGCGCCCACGCCUACGCCUACGCCUACGCCCUCCUGAAACGAAAACACUAAUUAUCGCCCAUCGCAAACCUGAAGCACGCCGGAAACAACAUCUCCUACGCGAUCGACCUGCAUCCACCGCGCGGCUUCGCUGCCGAGGGGGUGCCGACCACAUGGGCGAGCAGAGCGACAGUCUGAAGCGCGCACUUGACAAUGGCGCCUACGGACUGUGGGAAGUCACGAGAACUUUGGUGCAGCGCGACUCUUCGUCAUCCGACAGCUCAAGUAGCACGUGCAAGCCCGGCAAUGACAGCAACAAGUGCGUGACUCCUGCAUCGGUGCAGAACACGCAAAACAUAGCCAUUAUCCUUGGUGUCGUCAUCCCAUUAUCAUGUGCCAUCGCAGUCUUGAUCUUCUUGCACCGCAGGCUGCGGAGAAAGCAAAAGCAUGAAGACAUUCACGACCCGCACAAGUCUCUCGACUUCGGCAUGGAAGGCAUCGAACCCACCAUCUCGAAAAACUCAAAGAAGUCCAGAAAGGGCCCAGAGAUGAGUGCCGUCAACCUCAACGGACGACCUUCGCGGCGCGGACAGGGUCUGUCCAUGGACAUGGGCAUGAGCAUCGGCAGUCCCUAUAUGCUUCCACCAGCUCUCCAAGGCUCUCACGAAUCCAUACACAGCAUGUCGAGGAUGCGUGACGAACAUGACCCUUAUCGUCCUGUGACACUCAUGCGCCCAUCGACAGACGACGGUAGCAUUCACAGAUUUGGCCGCUUGAAUGACGACAAAGGCUCGAUAUACUCUGCUACAACCAGUCAUUAUUCAGCAAUGCCUGAUCGCGACCGUGCCGGUCUGCUGGCGAAUGCUCGACCGAUGUCCCAAUCCUUUGGCAAGCGCACCGACUCCUUCCGCACCGACGCAACCUCUCCUUCAGAUACCGCAUCGCCAUCCGAGUUUCCUCUCCGACAACUGCACAGCGCCCGGCAACCCAGUCUACCGCCCGCUCGCAAGUCCAGCCUGGACAAGCCCUUACCAGAAAUCAACGAGAAGGACACUUCGCCUUCGGCCCCGCUAGCGAUGCCUGCCAUGCUCGAGCCAGCGGCUAAGGAGCUGCCUUCUCCUCCACCGAGAACUACCUCCUCGACCACGAACUCAUCAUUACUGCCACCUCGAGGCGACUCUAUGCUGACCACCUCCGCAACUUCUUCUAUGCCUAGCCGACCCGAAUCAAGCAACUACGGCGACGACGAACCUGGCAUGCCAUCUCACCUUACUGUCACCAUCCACGAGCCCAUCGACUCACACUACGACAUUGAUCCCGCCAUGAUCUACACGCGCUAUUCUGACGAGGUCGUCGCUCCUUCCCCAGAACCUGACCACGUCUUGGCACCGAAGCCAAUGCCAGCUCAGAGGCUUUCCGUUAUGGGCCUGCGACCCCUGCCGAAAGAAUUGCCAGACGACACUCCUGAGGUCCGAGCGAACAGAAUUCGUUCAUUCUACAAGGAGUACUUCGAUGACAGCAAGCAAAACCCGACUUCAAUGAUCGCACCACAAGGCGCCUACUACGAAGACGACGACUACGGCGGCGUCCUCGACGGCGUCAUCUACGAUCCUGAUCAAGGCGGUUUCUUUGUACCAGGUGCUAAGCCUUGGGCACAAGGACCUGCUCGGCGAGCGAUGACUCCACCGCCUCGCUCCAGACCGAGAGUCAGCGGCAAUUCCACGCUCAACUUCCACGACAGACACGCAUCUACCCUGUCUGGUGGUCGACCACGAGGCCGCUCUGUGCCAAAGAAGAAGUUGCCGCCGCCAGCAGCGCUCCACAGCUUGCCAACACCUCACAAGCUCAGAGAAGAAGAUGUGGUAUACAGCCCCAUCGACUUUGCUCCUCCCAGCUCAUUCCGUGAGUUUCAGAACGGCAGACGACCAGAUUCGCCUCUCGGGGUAGCAAGACCUUACAGCCCCAGUGUGCGAGCUUUCACACCACUGGCAUCAUCUUUCGAGAACUUGGCGGUGCUUCCAUCGCCACACGAUCUUAGGAAGUCGGGUACAUUCACAGCUUUGGACUUUGCACCACCAUCUAAGCUCCGGGACCCAAUGUUGUCACCAAACGACGCGGGCAGCAUUCGCAGCGGUCGCAGUGCAAGAUCUGGCAUUUCGGCGAUGCAGUCACAUGCUGUGCGAGAAGGUGCCUACCGCGUGUCUCGCAUUCCCAAGGAGAUGGUCACUACCAAGGAAGAUUUGGCUGCACAGCUCAGGCCGAAGAUGAGUAUGACAACACCGGCAUAGACGGUCUCAUUUACGACAACUAACGACCUCAAUUUUCAUCGGACUCGGGCGCAUCGUGACGACCACCAGCCCCGCGUAGUGCACGCGGAAAUGGCUGCCUAUUUUGAUUCUGACACUGUUCCAAUACUAGAUAUUCCUCACCGGCCGGCAGAACUGCACAUACACUCGGCUACCAGUAUCUGGAAAUACAUCUAACAUUCAUUGCGUUCUCGUCCCUCCUUCAACAACAGAUUUGAUCACAGCACAAUUGGCAUUUUGAAACGGCAGUGAGGGUGUGAAGGGUAGCAUGGUCAUUUGAUCAUCUUUAGGAGAUGGAUCUUGGCAUGCAUGUGGAAAUGGGCGGCGUCGAACUAUAGAAAGGGAUCUGUAAUGUUUGAGGAAAAUCUCUGUAAACAUAGACUUGAGAGCGUGGCGAUGGCUCAAGUCUUGGUGAAGCACAAGCAGCUGGUGUGAGCGCCGCUGAAAAGUGUAUAUAUUGCCACUACCAGGCACAAAAGCCAUCGUCGAAAUGAAAGAGUGGAAAACUUG